AGCCAGUGUGGCAGCAGCACUCAGCCGAGUGAGGAGGCAAAAGGGCCCGCCGUGCUGUUUGUUGCGCGUCAGUAGUAGCGUUAGUCGCGUCGCUGGCCUUUUUGGCAAGGGAAGACCUGGUGUACUUCGUCGUGGUCCGGGCCAUCGGUUGGUCGGUAGUAGAACGUCCGCGUCGUCGUCGUCGUCGUACCCGGAGGAUUGGAUGGCACAAACCAUCGGUCAGUUCUGCUUCGAUGGUAGCGACAUGGUGGUCUAACAAUCGUUGGCUGUGUGCUUGUGUGAAAGCGUCACCAAAUCGGUAGGAAUAAAGAAGAAUUUAUAAAUGUACGACAGGACUGAAAUCAAAGACGAUCAAACCAAAGCAAGAAGAAAUCGUGGCGGGUUUUCGAAACUAUAGCACCUCGGAAUUCUGUAAUGCACGCAAAUGUGCAUACAGAUCGGGCCGGGGGCGGCGGAGGAUCGUGGCGCCUGCCGCCAGAUGAAACGUUGCAGGUGGCCGAUCCGAAACAGAAGGAAGAGCAGGAUCUAUUUCCUGCCGAAGGACACAAUUGGAGAAGCAUUGUGUUUUCGCUGCUAGUGAUAGGAUUUGUCAUAACCGGUAUAAUAACGGCGAUAUAUCUGCUUGGCUAUGUUGACGAGCUGCUCUACUGGUCGGGCAGGCGUAUGAAGUUGGACGAGUUUCUGCAGAAAGAUAUAACGCCUCAGAGGCUACCGUCGGUGUGGAUCAACAAUCAGAAAUUUGUAUUCCAGGCGGAUGAUGGAGGCCUUGCUGUUUUCGACACUGCCACCAACAGUGUAGCCACGCUAGUAACAAAUCAUACUAUGAGACAAAUUAACGUUAAAGGCUACCACUGUUCUCAUGAUUUGAAGUAUGUUUUGUUUAAGCACAAUGUAAAGAAGCAUCAUAGGUUAUCUUUCACGGCUUUGUAUACUGUAUAUGACGUAUCGAAUGACCAUCAUAUGCCGGUACGAUUGAAAGAAUCCCCCAAGGUUCAACGGGCCCGCCUGCAGCAUGCCUCCUGGGCCGGCAAUACUACCGCCAUGAUAAUAGUGGCCGAGAACGAUAUAUACUUGAGACAAUCACCAUCAGACGAAGAGGUUUAUCGCUUAACUUUCACUGGAGAAGAGAACAGAGUCUAUAAUGGUGUACCUGACUGGUUAUAUCAAGAGGAGAUUUUUGAGUCUUUUAGUGCUUUAUGGACCUCAGUAGAUGGCACGCACCUCAUGUACGCCACGUUUAACGACUCGCGAGUUGGCAUGAUGACUUUUCCUUGGUUCACGUCAAACACCGUAAUUGCGGCCAGCGGCGAAGGCAACCGUGAGCUUUUCCCCGUGUCGAAAACUAUACGCUAUCCAACGCCGGGCUCGGUCAAUCCGGAAGUUUCGCUGUGGGUGAUGGAUAUAAGUAAUGUAAGCAAUAUACGAAAAUGGGAAGUAAUCCGUCCAGCUGCUCUCGAAGGACAAGAACACUAUCUUAUAUCAGCUAGCUGGGUAGGCAACCUGAACGAACACGUGUCGGUGGUAUGGAUGACCCGCUCGCAAAACAUUACGGUCGUUUCCUCCUGCUUCAGCCCUACGUGGAAGUGUGUCGAGCAUCAUACGGAGCGGGCGCCAGAAAACGAAUGGCUGGAUAUAUUACCUCAUCCGAUAUUCUCACCCGAUGGGGACAGCUUCCUGUUUAUGGCGGGCAUCCAGGAGACGGGAACGGAGCAUUUCACCCACAUCAAGCACAUCACAAUCACGCAACAGCGGAUGGCUGUGAUUUCCCACGGUCGCUAUGAGGUGAUCCGGAUACUUGCCUGGGACACGGUAAACCACCUGGUCUAUUAUUUGGGUACGCACGGGAAAAAGCCCGGCCAGCAGCAUCUGUACGUGGUGAAGGAUCCCGUCAGCGAAGAAGUGAGAAGAACGGAACCGACGUGCAUCACGUGUGAUCUUAGCGAUGUCCUUUGGGGUAGCCGUUACUACUACAGCAACUGUUCGUUCUUUGACGCAUUUGUCAGCUCACAGCCGUACGUUUCGCAACACAUCGGGAUAUCGUACUACAUUCUCGAAUGUAAAGGUCCCGGUCUUCCAUUGGCUGUGGUACAUGCCGCUCAUAAUCACAAACUGAUGCGGGUCCUGUACGACACGAGACCGUUCUACGCGAGCAAACUUCAGGAGCUGGCGCUGCCGUCGCAACGCUCCUUUGAGAUUCCGUUGCCGCAUGGGACGAGGGCAGCAGUACAGUUGCUACUACCUCCGAGCUGGCGUGAGGAGCUACGUGAUGCCGCUUUUCCAGUGCUGGUUGAGGUGAACGGUAAGCCCGGCUCGACGUCCGUGUCGGAAGAGUUUAAGAUCGACUGGGGUACGUACAUGUCCAGCCACAACGAUGUGGUGUACAUACGGUUGGAUGUGCGUGGUGCUCGAGGGCAAGGCAAACAAGCGCUGUACCGUCAUCUGGGAGGUGUUGAGGUGCAGGAUCAAAUUGCAGUGUUGCGAUACCUUCUGGACACGCUCAAAUUCCUCGACGAAACCCGCGUUGGGGUGUGGGGCUGGGGCUACGGUGGCUACGUCACAGCCAUGAUUCUCGGUUCACAGCAGCAUGUCUUCAAAUGCGGUAUCUCGGUAUCGCCCGUUACUGACUGGCUGUACUAUAAUUCCAUCUUUACCGAGCGCAUCCUUGGAGUGCCGGCCGAAAACUAUAAAGCGUACGUCGAGGCGGACGCAACGCAAAAGGGACGCCAGAUACCGUCUUAUUCGUACUUUUUGAUACACGGCCUAGCCGACGUAACUGCACCGUACCAGCACGGUAUCCAGCUCGCUCGUUCCCUGUCCGAGUCCGGGACGAUAUUCCGAUACUUGAGCUACGCCGACGAGGGUCACGAUCUUACGGGUGUGAUCGAGCAUGUGUACCGGUCGAUGGAGGAUUUCUUGCGGAACUGUCUAUCGCUCGAUUCCGACGAAGACAAACCAACGGAAGCGAAUGUACCGCAUGAGUAAGGAAAAGCAACCACACAACCACACGAAAAGAUGUGCGAUUCAACAGUACUGUUGUGCAAAUUGUUUUACCGUUUUUCGUCAAGGAGGUAGCGAACAAAUAUUGUUGUGUUCUUGUUAUACAAUUUUGUUUGUUUUCGCUAGCUCGUAUUACGCAAACUUAAUUGCUGCUGCGACUUCGAUUGCUAUGUUUUGCUCUCACCACAUAAUAGAUGGACGUACGGUAACUGAUAGGUUCUAAAGACAAAUAGACAUAUCAGAGAAAUAUGGUAACAUAAUAACCACGGCAGAGCAGCAACAUAAACGCAAAAUUACGGUACGACCGCUACAACAGACCGGAUCAGAGUACACCCACUACAAGUAUGGCGACCAUACAAAACAAACAGCCCAUGUAUAUGUCGUCGCGAAACGCACUGUUUUAUAAUUGCAUGGAAAGUGGGGAAUUAAAUAUGCCUGCUGCACUUCCGAACAUCUAUUACAAAGCAUAUACAGAGCCAGACAAUGAUGAGAGGAUAACGUAUACACACUUCAAGGAGCUUUCUAAAGACAAUGGAAAACAACGCAAAUGCGUAUUGAGGAAAAAAACAAUCAAAAAAGACACACGACAAAAUGUGACGAAAAGAUACAGAGAGAAAAAGAAAGAUGGAGAGAGAGAGAGAGAAAGAGAGAGAGAGAGAGAGAAAGUGAAAGAAAGAAAGAAAAAAAGAUAGGACAAAUGAACGUACAGAAUUAAUUAAAGUCAUCCAAUGGCAAACUGGGUAUAUGCAGGAAAAUUAUAAAGAAGAAGAAUAGUUUAAAUAACGCGAACAAGGAAUUUAAUAGCAAAGCAGUCAAACAAGCAAAACAAAAUCAAAUGAAUUGAUUAACGAAAACAGAAACAGUCCUACUUACAAUAACGAAACUGAUGAGUGAGUUUUUUCGUCUCCUUUAACGUCUAUUUAAGUGUAAUUGUAGCAAAUCAAAACAAUGAAAUCGAAAACUUAAACAGCGAAUCAAAACACAAAACAAACCCGAAAUGGCACCACCAACGUAUGCAAAAGCAGCAAAGCAAAAACCGCUAACGCAAACAAUACAACAGAAACACUUAACUUUACAUAGCUGAAACUGUGCAACCGCAAACUGUGUCUACGUCACGUGAAACUAGGAUUUAGUUACGUUAUUAUCGCUAGGUAAAAGUAAACCAAGCGUAAAGCUGUGCAAAGUUAUUGUUUAGUGAAGAAGUAAGCGAACCGGUACACUCACUAGCAAAUCAAUACACACCCGAAGGUACACAAAAGAAGAGAGAGAUAGAGAGAGAGAGAGAGAGAGAGAGAGAGAGAGAGAAAGAGAGAGAGAGAGAAAUACAAGCAACAACUCAUAGCAAAUCUUUCUUCCACAUCGUAAUACAGCUUAUUAGCAAGGGAUAAGCAAAAUGUUGGCCCCACUCUCCGAAAGGGGAACGGCCACAAAUUUAACAACUGCAAUUAAGAACUCAGAUGGUUAGAACAAGCAACAUAACACGCAACAUGUAAUAAAUGAAGCGUAAACAGACGCACAUAUUAGUAUGUGUGUGUGUAUGUAUGUUUGUAUGUGUGUGUGUAUGAGUAAAGAAGCAAAAGGAAGGAGCGCUAGCAAAUUUAGAGUGUGUAAUAAAAAGUCGAGGAUUUUUCAUAGUUAUUUCACGUCAUAGUUGUUAGAAUUACAGAAAAGAGCAAUCCAGCAGUAAGAAAACUUAAACAAAGAAGAUAGCAAGGUUAAAUAAGCAAUUACGUCGUGUAGGAAGAGCAACUGAAGAACAACAAGCAAGCAAGCAAACAAACACUUACAAACAUGCAACAUGAGCCCGUUGCUAAGGAGUUCGGAGCGACGGGCCGAUCUUCAGCUUAAACGUGUAAAAUAUUCAUCGAAGCGACUUCUUCAAAAAGAAACAAAAAGUCUAACUGUUUUCGUCCACGGUGCAAGUUGUGACAGUCAGCGCAGUGCGAAGAUGUAAAAUUUAAGCAAACGGCACUCGGAUAAGAUGCAUUGCAUGGAGUAGUUUAGGGUUGAUGAUAUUAUUGCAAUCAAUACGUUGUGGGAGACGCCACCGAAUGCGCCGUUCUUACACAGCUUCCUCUGCUCCGGUGUGAGAAUGGUUCGAAGCAAACUUAAAAACCGAAAACUCCAAAACGAUCCCAUUAGCGGCAGAUACUGUUGAAGCCGUUGUGAACAAAUUGGCAACAUAAUCGGGGCUAAAUGCGCAACCAUCUUUCAGUUUACAGAGGUCACAGAGGUGAGGAGUUUGAGCUUCCCGUCAGCAACAUAUAUAGAUUGCAAUGCUAGUUUUGCACAGUUCUGUUACUAACUCAGCAAAACCUUCGUAAAACCAAUUCUUCCAAUUCUUUGCUUCUUUCAUUUUGUUUGUUGCCAUUUUUUAACUAAGUCGAUUAUAAAGAAGAUGAUGGUACAAAAUUGUGUCGAUUAUAACUUAACGAUUAUUGCGUCUUCCGUGCUGAAGCUUUUAGAUUGACUCGAAAUAUCUGUGUAAUUUUGCGUUCCAUGGCAAACAAACCGCAAAUCAGUACGAUCAGGAAAUGUAAGAACGGUAGAAAUGCUUCUCGUUGUACUAAAAACGGUGUGUAAAAGAUUUCCGCUACACACUCACACAAUAAUGAAAACUGCAACAUCAACAAGAGAAUAAGUAGGCAUAAAGCGAUUGGACGGACGGAAAAAAGUACACGUAGGAAAAACAAGAAAAAAUAAUUGUUGUGCCAUUCUAUUGUAAACAUGAGUAAACACACAAACUAGGAGUCUAGUCCGCGACGUCAGUCAGGGCGGGCGCGCACACGCAAAAAAGAAACACAUACAGACACACAUUUACACUUAAAUCGAAAUACACCGAAAAUGAAACCAAAAAGGAAAAAUACGAAACACAACACGAUAAUACACGGCAAAAAAAAACAAAAGCGAACAAAACACACACAGAAAUGAAUAAGAUAAUCAUAAUUUAUGCUUCCCAGCAAGUUUUCAUUACAUAAUGGUUGUGAAAUUGAGAAUAGAAGAAAAUAAAAACAAACGUGGAUAAAAGAAAGCUAACGACAAAAUCUAAAAAAGGAAAAAAUGGAGAAAAAUUCUGCAACAAAAAUUACAACAAAAAAAACAACAACAACUAAUAUUUGUAAAUAAACGUUAAUAUAUUUAUAGUCCAAAGAGAAAAAAAGGGAGGAAACAACUUAAAACGAAGGACAGCAGAACCGCAGUGAAAUGUGUUCGCUAAAUAAAUAGACAGUACGAA